AAAUUCACCUGUGGCCGCGCCGCCGCGGUAACCCGCGAAAUAGAUCAAACGAUCAAAACAAAGAGCGCGGCUGGGCGGGGAGGUCGGCGCAGCUCCAGUGUCUCCCUCGGUGCCACGUGAGCAGUGCAGCACGAGGUGUGGAGGACGCGACUGCUGCCAUGGACAUGGAUCCGCUGAGUCCCAACUCCUCCAAGUGCGGCCCGGGUGGCUACGUGCCUCCGUCGCGCACGCACGAGUACAAAAAGCUGAUGAAGCCGCUGAUGGAGCGCAAGCGGCGCGCCCGGAUGAACCUCUGCAUUGAGGAGAUCCGUGACCUGAUCUCGGGUCAGCUGAGCGGCCCGGGACCACGCGCGCCCAGGGACGACGAUCUCGUCUCGCGCAUGGACAAGGCGGAAGUGCUGGAGCUGGCCGUGAAGCACAUUCACAAGCAACUGAUGUCGAGUCGGCGUCCGGACCCCUACACGGAGGUCAAGAUGUUUCACCAGGGCUACAUGUCGGCGCGCGCUGUCAUCAAUGACUACCUGCAGUCGAGCCAGGAGACUGACCCGGCCGUCCUGCACCGUCUCAACUCACACCUGGACCGGCUGGUGGCCGGGCCGACGAUGGCCCCGCUGGCGGCGCCGCUGCGCGUGCUGCCUCCCGUACCUGCUCCACUGGCUCCGCCCCUGGUCGGACCGCUCGCCGCUCCGCCGCCGCGGCCGCCCGUCCCCCCACCUGCCGCUGCUGCUGCCGCCGCUGCUGAUACGAGCUCCUCGUCGAGUGGUAGUGACCAGGAGGAGCCAGCCGGGCCGUCCGACGGGCCCAUCAACCUCUCCAAGUCCGCGUCGGCCUCGGCGUUCCGCCCGGUCGUCAGCAAGGCGGCGGCCGCUGCCGAUCCCAACUCCUGGAGGCCCUGGUGAUUGUGCGCGAUCGACGCGACAUCUGACGGGCCAACGCGAGCGCGGCCUGUCGGAGUUCGGGUGAAACGGCGUCGGCUGUUGGCGAGACAUGAUCUCACCGUUUUGGGCGUUUGUGUGUGCGUUUGAGACAGGUUAAGGCUGUAAGUGUGUGUCUGUGUGCGCCAUGGGUCGCGAUUAGCUUAGUGUGUGCUCAAAAUAGAGACAUGAGUGUUCAGGCGCUGAAGCGUCUCAACAACAAAUCAAAUGUCUUCCCAUUUGCAUGAUUCGCUCGCAAACAGUGUUGCCAUCAAGAGAACACGCGAGUUCUGAAUCUCGUCUUUAACGUGUGACCUGCCUACCGAUCUGACCGUAGUCACGUGAACGCUUGUAUACGGGGUAGCACGUUGUUGUUUGGUCGUAGUCACUAUAUUUGGGUAGCAACGUAGCCUGGUUUAGGGGAGGUUCGCGUAGAAAGAGCAGUGCUGGGCGGCUCGCCGCACUCCCUCGCGCAGGGCUCCAAUCUUUAGAGAAUUCCAGUGUGGCGCCCGAGUCUCCGUCUGCCGCGGUGCCCCGGUGAGCUCGGGUUGGCCGGUCUUUCAUUGUAGCGUGAUAUCCAGAUGGCUGCCGAGUCGGGUCACAGUGGAACAUCGGUGGAAAAUACACUCGAGUUCAGC